AUGAGAGUCUUGUGUGCAAUAACGGCGCUCUUGAGUGCUCUCACUCUCACGUCAUCCCAAUUCACAUACAUUUUCGAAGUACAGGACGAGAACCGCGGCCCGAGUUCUGAACUGUUCGGCGAUUUAUCGCAGUUUAAGUUCGUCCCGCCGUCACAACUGCCCAAAAACCCGGUGCCCGCCCGACCCCUACCCGCACCUCAACCGCAAGAACCUCAGCCAUCCAUUUCCCGACGUCAGGACCCGUUUGAGGAGCAGCCGCGACGGAGUCGACUGAGUGGUGCGGCACAGAAUCCAAGACAAUUCGUGGUCAGAGCGCCUCCGCAGGAAAAUCGGCAGGCGUUGCUGAGACAGGAGCUCAACCAGAUUCAACCCCAGCAGCUACAGCCCGCACCACUUCCAGCCCCUCAAGUCCAAUAUCAGGCACAACCGCAGACAGCUGUUCCAGUGUCACAACCGGCGCCACAAAACUUUCCACCCCUACAGCCCCAUCAAACGGCGCAUUUAAAUCCCGUCCUCAGGACUAUUGUCCCCCGAGCACAGGCAGCACCCGCUGCGGCACCGGCCCCACAACAGGACUCCAGCUUCGAGUUACUCCAGAACUUUGUAAGAUCUCAGUCACAGCCCAACCCAUUCCGUCCCAAUGCAGCCCUUCAAACAUUAGCGCAAAGUCCGCGGUUUAACCCUCAGUCCCAACCACAGCCACAGUCACAACCUCUCCCUCAGCCACAGCCCCAACAGUUCAGACCCGGACCCAGUGUUCAGUUGGGCGCCACUUCCUCAGGAUUACCCACUCUUAACAUCAAUAACAAGGACAGUCUCACUGAAGACGAUUUGCGAGCCAUUGAGGAGCACAACCGAAGGGUUCAGGCGUUCCUCCGACAGCGACAACAGCAACAACAGGGCGCUGGCAGAGCACCCCAACCACAGGCGCCCGCAGUUAGGGCACCGGCUGUCGACCAAAACACUUUGAACGAGCGAUUGGCCGCACAGAGGGCUCAACUCCAGCAACAAAACGCACAACAAGAGAGAGCUUUGCGGGAGAGGGAGCACAGGGAACGGGUGGAAAGGGAGAGACUUUUACAGCUCCAGAUCUCGCAAAUGCUUAGACCCGAGACGAGAGCACAGGUCGCACCGCAACUCCAGUCCCUGCCAUACCUUAGACCACAACCGCAACAGUUUGCACCAGAACUACAGGCAGGCGUUGAAUACGUGCCGCAACCAAAUCAACUCAAUAACCAACCGGAGGAACGCCGUCAACCAUUAGAAAGACAGCCUGAGAUCCGUCCCGUUCCUGUCAGCUAUAAUAACGUGAGAGUUCCCGACAAUACGAGAAGGAGAGUGCCGGCCACUACACCCGCCCCACGAAACUAUGCCAUUCCCAGGACUACACCGGCGCCGCAACAACAGCCCAGUCCCCAAAACUCAAGACCCGCCAAUUUAGGUCUGGCCGCACUUCCAACCGACACCGAUGCCGACGGAAUUCCCGGGGAAGCCGGUAGAGACUACCCGACCCUCGAGACUAUCCCAAAGACUUCAUUCUCGUGCGCUCGUCAGCCACUCAGCGGUUACUACGCGGACACGGAGGCGGCCUGUCAAGUGGUCCAUUUGUGCCAAUUCGGUGGCGUUCAGGACUCGUUCCUGUGUCCCAACGGAACCAUUUGGAAUCAGGAAAAGUUUUCGUGCCAGUGGUGGUAUGAGGUCAGUUGUGCGAAUGCCCCGCGAUUUUACGCUCUCAACCAAGACUUGUAUAAACUGCCAGAAAAAGACGAUAAACUCAAUGAUAAUAACAACAAUAAUAAUAAGAAAUAAUGUUUUUUAAUAAACAAUUUUAGAG